CGAACCUCCAUUCUACCUUUCAAGGUCAUCUUUUUCUCCGAGGUUGUCUUUUUUUUUGCAUUGAAGUGAAGUUUAUUCAACUGGCCGACCAUCGACGGUUCCGGCGCGUGCUCUCCACGUUCGACAAGCGCUGAACAGUACUGCGUAGUCCGUCCUGGCCCACUUGGUUGGUUUUUCCGGCCAACGAAGGCCUGUAGAUGUUUACAGGUAAGCCAGCGGCAUUCAACAUUUUUUGCUAUAUAGUCAUACUGACUUGCUCUUUCUUUUUCCCAAUUUCCUUCGUUCAAUCUGAUUUCUCAUUGGUUGCUUCUCCAUUUUUUUAUUGGUCAUUUGAACACCGAUUUUUUUUGUGACUUUAAAAGUUGA